AUGCGCUCUCGAUCAGGUUCCGCAACUUCCAACAAUUCCAGCAAGGAGCUCCUUCCAGACAACAUGGCCAUCCAAGUCACAAUCAGUGGCGGCAAGACUAUUAAAUUGAAUGUGCGUCCUGUUCACACAGUCUCCAAUGUCCUCGAGUUCCUCUCUGCCUCAACCACUCUCCCGGCGGACGUCCAGCUCUUGCUCGAAGGGAAACCCUUAAACCCCUCUACCACCGUUGGAGACCUCAAGCUAGAAGAAUCAUCUGUAUUACAACUGUCAUCUCCGUCCCGAAGUACGACGCCUACAGAUUCCCCCAAGCCUCCACUGUCGUCAGCAGACAUGGCCACCAACAAUCUCCCAACGUCUUCUACAUCAACCCCAACCCCGUCGGGGGCUGCCACACCCACCAAGAGAAAGUCCAAUAAGCCUCGUUGUUCAAAAGAUGGCUGUAAAGCGCCCGCUCAACCCAUUGUUGGAGACUGCGGUUUCUGCCAGAAACGAUUCUGCGGCAAGCACCGUAUGUUAGAAUCUCACAACUGUGAAGGCCUUGAGGACGCUAGGCGCGCAGACAAGGAUAGAAAUGCCGCCAAGUUGGAAGGUGAACGGACUGUCAUGCUCCGCGGGUUGUAA